UAAGGGGUGGUGCUGAAGGUCAUGCCUGUUGCUGCCUGGCAAGCGUGGGCUGGACAAGGGGCUUCAUCCGCCCCAUGCAGAGCCAUCGGCUGGGUAGAGAGGGUGCCUGCACCAACAGAAAUGCUUAGCAAAACGAGAAAUACCGCGAUGCUGCUCUGGGGUCUGCUGCUCUGCUUGUCCACUCUGCACGAUAGCCCAGGGGUUCCUUUGGCACAUGCCCUUGAGCUGGAGACUCCCCCCUCUGACAACGCUGCCCAGCAGGAGAGCCCUGCGGGCCCUGCAGCGGAAAAUGCCACCAGCAUAGAGAACCCGGCGUGGGAUCCCUCAGCACAACUGACCAGUCAGCACUCUGAAGAGAUCCGCAGAGGAGAUCCACAGUUAGUUCCCACCACCACUCUUCUGCCAGUAGUGGAUCUGACCCUGCCAAAUGCUGCAGAGUUGGAUUCCACCUCUGACACCUGGGAAGACAUCCAUGGGCCUACACAGCCACUUCCUACCACGACCAGCACCACAAGCCCCGGGGCUGGCCUCACAAGCUCACAGGGCCAUCUUGUCACCGGGACAGUAGGAAAUCACAAGCAGGUGCUGGAGGGGCAAGAAGUUGAUUCCUCUGAAGAGGAGGGAGAAGGUCAAGAGAGAGGCUGUGACAUGUCUCAGGAGCAGACACACAGGCUUGCAGAAGGUCUGAUGAAAUUCACCAUCGAUCUCCUGACAGAGGUCCAGAUGGACACCAGCAGACCCAAUGUGAUCCUGUCUCCCCUCAGCAUCACCCUGGCAUUGUCCCAGCUGGCACUAGGAGCAGCAAACCAGACGGAGAAACGCCUGCUGGAGGCGCUGCACCUGGAAUCAGUGCCCUGUCUCCACCACCUGCUGAGCAGCAUUCGCAGGCAGCUCACAGGGUCCAUGCUCAGUGUAGCUUCACGCAUCUAUCUGCAGAAAGGGUUUGAGGUUAAAGAGAAAUUCUUGGAGAACUCGGAACGAUUCUAUGGGGCAAAGCCUGUGACCCUGUCUGGGAACAAUGAAAAUGACCUCAUAGCCAUAAACAAGUGGAUAAAGGAGGCAACUGAAGGGCAGAUAUCCACUUUCCUGGAUCAGCUCCCUGCGAGCACUGUGAUGCUCCUACUCAAUGCUGUCCACUUCCAAGGAUUUUGGAGGCAUAAGUUUGAUCCCAGCCAGACUGGGCCAGAUGUAUUCCACCUUGACGACCAGUUCAUAGUUCCAGUUGAGAUGAUGAAAGCUCAGAAAUAUUCCCUGAGCUGGUUUACUCUGGAUCCCCUGGAGGUUCAGGUAGCCAGGUUUCCCUUUAAGGGCAACAUGAGUUUUGUGGCCAUUGUCCCAAACCAGUUUAAGUGGAACGUCUCCCAGGUGCUGGCGAACCUCAGCCAUGACAAGCUGCACAGCCGCUUCCCCAAGGAGAAGCCCACCAUGGUAAAGAUGCCCAAACUGCAUGUAGAUUACCAGCUUGAACUCAACCAAGUCCUCAGCCAACUAGGCCUCGGGGAGUUGUUUUCCACCCCAGACCUGCAGAAGAUAACAGAUGAGCCUCUCUUUGUAUCCAGCAUCCAGCACCAGUCCACCCUGGAGCUUGCAGAAGAUGGCGUGGAAGCAUCAGCUGCCACUAGUGUCAUGAUGUCUCGUUCACUCUCCACUUUCAGCCUCAACCAACCCUUUCUCUUCAUCAUCUUUGAGGAGACAACAGGCAUCCCACUCUUUGUGGGCAGCAUCCAGAACCCCAACCCCAGCGCUGCCCAACAGAAAAAAGAGCCACAGGACUCACCUACCCUGAAAAAUGCCAUCAAAAAUAGUAUCCCCAAAUAAGGGAGGAGCAGUGCCUAGGAGUCCUGGGACUGCUGCCUGUGAGACCUCUGUAGCAGGGUCUCUCUCUCCUGGCUGGGCUUCCAUCAGAAGCCCUUCUGCCCCAUCCCAGUGGGUCCCCUCUGGCAGGGCUCUCCCUAGAGCCCCUCAGCACCACUCUCGAGCAGCAGUGCUGGCACCAAAUUGUCUUGAAUAUUCAUUAGCUUCUGACAAUGUCUCUGUGCAAUUGGACAAAGACAAGAGGUGUAAAAGCUGCUCUUCCCUCCGAGCCCCUUAUGCACAUUCCUUGGUCAGGACAUUCACCAACAGCAGGACUUGCUUGUCACUAGCUAGGCAAAUAGCAGCUCAAUCAAAUUGAUUAGCAGCCAGUCGCCUUCCCUGGGAUGUGAGUCUCAUUCCUGCCCCUGUCCCCCGGGUACUGGGAUUUGCUGGGUGUGUGCACAAGGGAGGGGGCUUAUUUCUAUCCCGUGCACCAGCCCUUCACCUGGGAUGUUGGAGGCAUCUUUUGUAAAGUGUUUUUUAGUAAUUUUUAUGUUGGCAGAAUAAUAAAGAGUGAAACAGA